UAGUCUUUUGUUUUUUAAGGCAACACUGGAGGAGGCUGUGGUGGUCAAGAGUUGCUUAUCGGAGUAUGAGAGGUUGUCCGGGCAGGUUGUUAACUAUAGAAAAUCCAGCAUUUGUUUCAGUCGCAACACCCCCACUCCGUCAAGAGACUUUUUAUCUCAAUUUUUUGAUGUGGAGCAAGCUUCCGAUUUUGGUAAAUAUCUAGGUCUUCCCCCUUUCAUGUGAAGAAAUAAAGCUAAUGUGUUCUCAUAUAUCCAUGAAAAGAUUCGUGUGCGGAUGAGUGGGUGGUCAAAGAAACUUCUCUCGAAGGCCGGAAAGGAAAUUCUGCUGAAGACAGUUGCACAAGCUAUGCCUCAGUUUGCUAUGAGUGUUUUUUUGUUACCAUCUCAACUUUGUCAGAGUAUUGAAAAACUUAUGAACUCCUUUUGGUGGGGUGGGAAAGGGCAGAAUUCUAAAGGGAUCCAUUGGAUGUCUUGGACAAGGAUGGCAGUACCGAAGAAUUUUGGUGGUUUGGGCUUUAAACAGGUGAGAGCUUUUAAUGUGGCGAUGCUGGGAAAACAGGGGUGGAGGUUUCUCACCCGACCUGAGGCACUUGUCUCUCGCGUUUUUAAAGCAAGGUACUUUCCUACGUCUUCUUUUUUGGAGGCUCAUUUGGGGGCUAAUCCUAGUUCUUGUUGGCGAAGUAUUUUGGAGUCACAAUCACUGCUUUUGGAGGGUAUCCGUCGUAGGGUGGGUAAUGGUCGGGACACUCUGAUAUGGGGUAGUCCUUGGCUUAAUGAUCCUCAACAACCUUGUAUCCUUCCUUACAGAGAGACCACCGUUUAUGCCCAAUCUACCAGUGGAAUUUCUGAUUGAGUCUGGUUCGGGUCAUUGGAAGGAGGAAGUGGUGCGGGAAUGGUUCUUGCCUGUUGAUGUGCAACGCAUUCUUGCACUACCUUUGGGCACCAUUAGUGAUGAUAACUGGUACUGGGAAGGGCCGUCCCGGGGAGCUUAUUCGGUGAAAGAAGGUUAUCGGCGUUCGGUCGGGGAGUUUACGGUCUGUCCGGGUUUUUCAAAGUGGCGUCAACUUUGGCGGGUUUCAGUGGCACCGAAGCUCAAGGUCUGUGUGUGGCGAGCUCUUCGGGACAUUCUUCCGACCAUCUCUUCUCUUAAUUCUAAAGUCAUCGCGGGGGUUUGGGCGAUCUGGAAAGCACGCAAUAAGGCGGUUUGGGAGAGGCAGGUGCCCACGCCUCAGUCCACGGUGUGUUUGAUCCGGAAGCUGUGCAAGGAGGUUGCUUUCGGGUGUGCACUAUUUUCUCCGACGAACUGUUUUCUUGCUGCUAUUAAUGGGGAAUUACUAUGUUCUCCGGACCCUCUUAUGGCGGAGGCUAUGGCGUGUCGUGAAGCUCUAUCAUGGAUCAAGACGCUUGAUAUUCAUAACGUGGAGAUCUUGAUGGAUUGUCAACGUGUGGUUUCAGCAAUUUCAGACACUUCAUUCUCUCUUACUUCUUAUUUUGGUUCAUUAAUUGUUGAAUGUAAGGCCUUGUUGGUCGGUUUUUGCUCUAGUUCUAUCAGUUUUGUUCGUAGAGAGUUAAACGUUGUUGCUCAUUCUCUUGCGAGGAGAGCAGAGGCCCGUCGUUCUGUUUGGGUUUCUACUCCCCCGGAUUUUGUAAUCUCUCUUUUACAAUAAUGAAAUUUCUUUACUUUCAAAAAAAAAAAAAAGAGUUAAAUAGAGAUUACUUUCAAUCCUAUUUGAACUGUGAUUUUAAAACUCCAUAUCUGAAUAGAUUACUUUCAAUUCUACUAAUAUUUGGAAUAUAUAGUAUUAAAAAAAUCAAACUUAAUUUUCCUAUGAUAAAUUGUAAGGAGUAGUAAAGUAUCGAAAGAAUCAAAUUUGUCAUUUAUGCCAAAUUUAUCUAUUACUCCGUACAAUGAAGUUGUCGCAUUAAUUCACAAAAAAUUAAUACACACGACCAUUACUCUCGUGUCAAUAAACACGAUAACUCGGA